AUGGGGGAGGCCUUUGCCUAUACAUUCGUGGUAGUCUUCCUACAAAGCUUGUUAGAGGGACACGAAAAAAACAAUCGUUUGUUUCAUCUAAACGAUGGGAUGUCGAUAUUUACAAGGGAAUCGAUAUAUAAUACGCAAUAUUUACAAUUAUUGAACAUAGUACUAGAAAAUGUAACAGAAGAGUUUGUUACAAUAUUAAAAAAUAAUUUGUUCUCGGAAUUGUACCAGCUACGUUUGAAAACAAGCUCCGAGAAAAUUACUAAACGUACUAAAAAAAACAAACCAAAUAAAGUCGAUCGUUCGCUUGGUACAAAAUUUCUCAACGUUGUCAAUAGUUCGUGUACUACAAUUAUUAAAAGCAUAAAAAAUGUGUUCACACGAAACACAUCAGUGAAACAAAACGCAAAUGAAACAUGCGGAAGUUUCACGGAAUAUAUGAGAAUUAGAGAUCAAUAUUUAAAUAUAAGUAAAAGUUCGUCAGAUGUAAAAUCUUGUAUGACCUGCAAUGAUACACAGCUACUUAAAGAAAAAUUGCUAUCUGAUGAUCGCUUGAAAGUUACCGUAAAGAAGCUAAAACAUGGCAUUAACUUGUUCGGCUGCGAUUUCAAGAAAAUAUCUAAAACAUUUUGGCCACACGAACAAUGCAUGACACCGGCUGUACUUUAUAAUUUAUACCGGAAGCUCAUAGUAAAAUAA